CCCACCUGUAGAGUGUCUGGGAAUCAAAACAAAAAUCUUCUGGAAAGUCGUCCUAGAUUUUAACAGAAAGCUAACCCACCUAAAACCGAGAGAGCUAGCACAGUUGAUCCCAAGUGUUAUUUGAAUCAGGUUUAACAUCUGAAUUUCGCUUAAUUAGAUGUAUUUCAUCAUGGGAGUUUCUCAAAAGUUUCGCUCUUUCUACAACUUUUUCUGCUCCGUUUUCGUGGCAUAGCUGGAAAGCUAACUGCUGUUUGUUGUAGUAAAUGUUAGCCUAGCAUUGCUCUCCCCACACAAAAGCCCUGCCUCUUCUCAGAGUUGUUGGACACCAGAAGUUUAAAACUUUACUAAGCGCUUUUUGACCGAAACGUCUUCAAAAUGUCUAUCCUCGGAUUAAAGAAGAAGCAGCCAAAGACUUUUAAAGUCAAAGUUAUCACUAUGGAUGCUGAAAUGGAGUUUAGCUGCGAGGUCAAGUGGAAAGGUAAAGACCUCUUUGACCUGGUAUGUCGAACUGUUGGUUUGAGGGAGACCUGGUUUUUUGGACUCAGGUACACAGUAAAGGAUACCUAUGCCUGGCUAAAACCAGACAAGCGGGUCUUGGACCAGGAGGUUCCUAAGGACUCUCCCAUAACAUUUAAUUUCCUUGCUAAAUUUUUCCCGGAAAAAGUAGAAGAAGAGCUGGUUCAAGAAAUUACUCAACACCUCUUCUUCUUACAGGUAAAAAAACAGAUAUUAGAUGAAGAGAUAUUCUGCUCCCCUGAAGCUUCAGUUCUGUUGGCAUCAUAUGCCGUCCAAGCUAAGUAUGGAGACUAUGAUCCAAACUUCCAUAAACCAGGCUUCCUGGCACAAGAUGAGCUUUUGCCAAAAACAGUUGUGAUGCAGUACCAAAUGACAGCAGACAUGUGGGAGGAGAAGAUCACAGCUUGGUAUGCUGAGCACAGAGGCCUCGCCAGAGAUGAAGCUGAGAUGGAAUACCUAAAGAUUGCUCAGGAUCUUGAGAUGUAUGGUGUCAGCUACUUUGAAAUUACUCAAAAUAAGAGGGACACAAACCUGCUACUUGGAGUUGAUGCCCAGGGUCUUCACAUCUACAGCCCCAACAGCAAACUGACCCCUAACAAGUCCUUUCCUUGGAGCGGCAUCCGUAAUAUCUCCUAUAGUGAAAAGGAGUUCACAAUCAAACCUCUGGACAAGAAGAAAGAUGUUUUCAAGUUCUACUCUUCUCAGCUGCGUGUCAACAAGCUGACCAAGGAGGAGAAGAGGCUCAUGGAGCAGAAGAUGAGGGAGGCAGAGCAGCUGGCUGUAAAACUGGUGGAGCAGUCUGAGCGGAGGUUGAAGGAAGCUGAUCACCUGAAACAGGACCUGACUGAGGCAAAGGACGCUGAGAGGAGAGCCAAGCAGAAGCUGCUGGAGAUCACCAAAACAACCUACCCCCUCAUAGCAGCUUAUUCUGCUCCCCCUGCUCCUCCUGCUCCUCCUGAAGCAGCCGACUUUGCCUGUGAGUCACCACCAGCACGCCUCGACUUCAAGGACUCCGACAUGAAACGACUCUCUAUGGAGAUUGAGAGAGAGAGGCUGGAGUACAUGGAGAAGAGCAAACAUCUUCAGGACCAGCUGAAGGAGCUCAAGUCUGAGAUCGAGUCUCUGAAGCUGGAGGAGCAGCAGCAGCAACAGGCCAGCCUCUACAACAUGCACAGUGAGGCGAGGGGGUACAUCCAAGAGCCCGUCUACAUAGCUCACAGCAACAGAAACUCUGCGUACAUGUCUCAGAUGGCCUACUUUGAAGAAGUGUGAUCCUGGCCCUUUAAAAUUGAGGGAGCAGUUGCUGUGACGCUCUGCUUCCUCAGCCCGUUUGGUUAACUUUUACCUGACUGAAGCUAACAGACAGAAACUCUAUGUUCUUUGGAAAGACUUUGAAUCUGUUCUUAAAAAUGAACUAAUAACACUUGUGUGGCUUCCUGCGCAGACUGUUAGAUUAAGUUUUGCCACCUGCAACACCUACAGCAUGUCAGCAUCUAGAAAGAGUGCAUUAUUGGAUGAGCGCUUCUUCAAGAUAUGUUGCUGAGGAUUGUGCACAAAAGAGUUUUUAUUUCAUGCUUUUUGUUUGGUUUUAAUGAAUACCUAGCUGUAAUGUGGUCAAAUACAGAACUAUGCCUGCUUAAUGUUGAGAUAUCCAUUCGUGCCUUAAAAUACUUUAAGACUGGGAUUGUGUUAAAAAAGAGUUUACGCCUCAACGUUGGCAAAGUUCAGAUCAGUUGUGAUGUCAGCUGCGGUGAAUGUCGUAAACAGGGUUCCUUCCACAGAAGCAAAAUAUUCUUCAAGCAUGGGUUAGAGUUCAGAUUUACCAACUGUUGUUCAGUAACACUCUGAACAUAGACUGUAUGUAAACGAUGGUUUAAUGAAAGAAAUGCCAAAACAAAGGCAACAGAGAAAAACUUUCCACAAGUGAAAAGUUGUUUCACAUUAUUUUAGUCUUUUAAACAUUUUUAAUUUCAUUGGUCGACAUCAGUAAUCUGACUUUAGGCUAACUUAAUGUUCAGUCGCUGUUACUAACAUGAAGUUAUAUUAGCUAAAGAGAAAAAAAUGGGAAGGUUUUUCUUAAUGUAAUAAAUUAGAGUUGAACUGAGAAUGAUAUUUGGCUUUGGUGUUGUUGUAUGUGUUCUUCUUAGGUACUUCUAAGUACUUAAGAAAAAGAAAUCUGCCCGAGUGUACCUGAAGCGCAAAGAAAUGGACAGAAAUAUAAAUUUAUGUACAGAAGAGACUUUGAGCCGCAUUACAAGUCAGGAGACUUUGAAGGGACAGGACAGGCAAGUGGUUUAAUUGACAGAGAUUCAUCAGUUUUUGCCUUUGUUGUGUUUUUGUAGCAGAACGUCACAAAAAGCAGCAUUUGGGUAUUUGGUAUAAAACUGUGGCUGUACCCAUCUUUUAUACACGGUCUAUUGCGAUAUGUAAUGUGAAAAUUGACUUUGUGAAAUGAUCACAAAAAGCAGCAAUUGCAGCUCGUAAAUGAUGUGUGCAGGGUUGACGCAUAGAUGAGACACGAUGUCACAUUCAUUGUUUAGUCUUUGCUUUGGUGGUCCUACGUGUUUCUUUUACGUGGUUUGUGAACUGCCUUCAAUGAAAUCAUCACACAGGAGCCUGUUUAGUUUAAUAGAAAUGUUGUACACAGGUAAAAGCUUGAGCUCUGCCAUUUCAAGGUUUUAUAUUUUGUACUCUAGACUGCUGAUGUGCCUUAAUUUUAUGUUAUUUUUAUUUUAUUUUUUGCUGUUACGCUUUAAGACACUAAGAUUUUAUUUGGUGUCAUUGUGCUUUUUUAUCUUAGUAUUAGGGUGACUUUAACUUUGUGGGUGAUAUCUUUCUUUUAAUUCCUUGACAGAGUGGCAGAUGGAUGGCUUUUUUUUUUUUGUCUUUUCCCCACAUCACGCACUUCUCAGGGUUAGUGUUAAACACCCCACGCCUUCACCGUCACCACCACCAAAGAUGCAGUAUGGUAUCUAACAGUGUUUAAAUUAGAUAGGUUUGAUAAUAAUACGCAUGUAGAAGACUAAUGCAGCGAUCUUUAGACUUCUUUUAUAUUCUCAAAAAAGCAGAGGUUGGAUGUACUCAGAGAUUGAUCAUGUUUGUUUAUUUGACAAGCCUAUCAGAGAGAUUAAAUUAUGGGCUCAUCAUGGGGUCAUUACACUAACCUUGGUAUUGUGUAAAUGGUGUUUUCAUUUGAAGUGUUCUUAAGUACUUUGUUUUUUCUGUUUUUACCUUAUUUAUUUGUGCUGUAAGUCCUCAAUUAACCUCCUAAGACCCAAACUCUUCCACGACAUGCAUUUUUAAUUUCUCUUUGAUAUUUGGGCAUAUUGGGACCUGAUGAAUGUAAAAACAAAGAAUUACCAGAUUUUUUUUUUUUUUUUUUUUUACCUU